AUGGGAUGUUCACAUUCCGUACGAGUAGCAAUCAAACCUGGUAGCUCAGAUACAGGAACAAAAUUUGUCACUGAUAAACAGCGGACUAUUAUCAAAAACACUUGGAAAAAGAUGUGUAACAAUAUAACAGGCCAUGGAAUAAAGGUCUUUCUUCGAAUAUUUCAACUUCAUCCGAAUGUCAAACAGUUGUUCCCUUGCAGGGACAAGGAAGGGGACGACCUGCUACGAGAUCAAAAUUUCAAGGGACAUGCCUCCAGAUUCAUGCAAGCUGUAGGAGCGGCUGUGGACAACAUUGACCAUAUAGAAGAGGUUUUAACGCCACUUCUUCUCGGCCUCGGACGGCAACAUAUCAACUUUACUGGAUUCAAGAACGAGUACUUUGACGUUUUUACCGAGGCAAUGAUGUAUACGUGGCACGAGGAACUACAGGACAAGUUUACAGACGAGACGAGUAUUGCCUGGGCAACAAUAUUUGCAUUCAUUAUGAGAAAACUCAAAGAAGGGCACGCUGAAGCCUUAGAUAAUAGAGGUAUGGCAGAACAUUACAUGGAAAUCUGA